CUCUUCUUCACAUCUUCCAUUUGCAUUGAUAUAAUAUUAAGCAAAGCAACAUGGAAAUGAAAAAGGUUCUUUGGGGUGUUUUAUUGUUUGGUUUUGUUCUUGGAAUGGCCGAGAGCUUUGAUUUCAACGAGAAGGAGCUAGAAUCGGAGCAAGGGAUAUGGGAUUUGUACCAGAGGUGGAGAAGCCAUCACACUGUUUCACGAAGCUUGGGUGAGAAGCAGAAGCGCUUCAACGUGUUUAAAGCCAACGUGAUUAACAUCCACAAUGCGAAUAAAAUGGACAAGCCUUACAAGCUGAAGUUGAACAGGUUCGCCGACAUGACCAACCAUGAAUUCAUGACCAUCUAUGCUAACUCCAAGGUGAGUCACCACAGAAUGUUCCGAGGCAUGCCACGUGGCAACGAUACUUUCAUGUAUGAGAACGUUGGUAGGGUUCCUUCUUCGGUGGAUUGGAGGAAGAAAGGUGCUGUCACUGAUGUAAAGGAUCAAGGCAAAUGUGGUAGUUGUUGGGCCUUUUCAACGGUUGCAGCCGUUGAAGGUAUUAACCAGAUUAAAACAGAUAAGCUGGUGUCCUUGUCUGAGCAAGAACUUAUAGAUUGUGACACUAAAGAGAAUGAAGGAUGCAAUGGUGGGUUAAUGGAAAGUGCAUUUGAUUUUAUCAAACAACAUGGUAUAACUACAGAAAGCAAUUACCCUUAUGAAGCAAGAGAUGGAACUUGUGAUGCAUCAAAGGUGAAGAAACCUGCAGUGUCAAUUGAUGGACAUGAAACUGUCCCAGUGAACAAUGAAGCUGCAUUGCUCAAAGCUGUUGCUCAUCAACCUGUAUCAGUAGCGAUUGAUGCUGGCGGAUUUGGCUUCCAGUUCUACGCAGAGGGAGUAUUUACGGGAUUGUGUGGCACUGAUCUGAAUCAUGGGGUAGCAAUUGUGGGGUAUGGAACAACUCGAGAUGGAACCAAAUAUUGGACAGUGAAGAACUCGUGGGGACCCGAAUGGGGAGAAAAUGGUUACAUCAGAAUGCAAAGGGACGUAUUGAACAAGAGAGGUCUAUGUGGCAUAGCAAUGGAGGCUUCCUAUCCAAUCAAAACCUCCUCCUCCAAAUCCAUGGAACAUUCUUCGUUUCUCAAGGACGAGCUUUGAAUCAUUUCUUCAUAAUUGCUAUCUAACUUUAUUAAGGGAGAAAAAAAAUAAAAUAAUUUGU